AUGGCCCUGUUGAUACAACGUAUUGUCCGAGCAGCGAGCGGCAAGCCUCCCCUCGUUCCUCCCAGGUCAGUGCAGGGCGAUCCGCCGCCGGUGCCCUGCCAGCCUCCCAGGCUUUUUGACUCUGGAGGCUUGACUCUCUCCCUCACCUCCAACCCCCGCGUGUGCCAGGGGUGCGACGGUGCUGCAGAAGGUGUGCGCCCAGCCCUAUCGGCCGAAUCAGAGGCCAGCUUGGCGAGUCUCCUGGGCAACGGCACCCAUGCUAGGGACGACUGUACAGUGCCUUGUACUGUAGGUACAGUAGGUCGGUACUCGGUACUCGUAGGUACAGGAAAGUCAGUAGGUUGUACCGUGAGCACUUGCUGCACCGCAGUCAAGCGAUUGAUUGGCUACUGCGAAGCCUAUCGUCUGCCCUCACUCCAGACCAUGGAAGCACUUCCCAACAAAGCAGCCCGAACGAGAGUGUCGAGUGUCGAUUGUCGCAACCCACAAUUUUGCAGAUUUCCGUGGGCUGUCGCCGCCGUGACGAAAUUCCUCCCCAUGGCCAACCCUCGUCAUGAGUCGCGCUCUCUUACCGCUGUCGGUCCGCCUGCCUCAAUGCAACGCCACCACCCCACGGCCUUUCCGCACAAUCUACCUGUGGAGAUUUUGCACAUGAUCAUCGCCGCAAUAGACGACCUCCCUUUUGCCUGGUUCGUCUUGCGACAUGUUUCGUCUUUCUGGAGGGCGAUUACCGAAGAUGUGUUUGAGCGCUUGCUUCUACGCACGUGUACUAUUACCUUCACAGGUCAGACUAUACGAGAGCUGAGGUACGAUGGGUUUCGCUUGGCUCCAUAUCCACACGCUUUGCUCACUCACAACUGCAGUCCGGUUGAAUCGCCACCUGUCGAGGAAAACUCCAUUCCAGGCCAACGACGGGGUCAUGUAACAAAGGUUGAAACAGAGGCUCCCAAGCCAACGUUUCGUUUCCGGCCAUCUGAAUUUGGUCCCCCCGACUCAAAGGCCAGGGUUCUUUUCAAGCUUUAUGACUUGCCAACCAAAUAUGCGACUGUAUAUACCCUCCCAAGACAAGCAAUUCAAGCCUCAUCAAGCGACCCUCUUGCUCAGAUAUUCUUCAGACAGGGGCCUUGUGCAGGUAUUCUACGACGUCGUCUGUGCCAGGAGCUACAUUUCGUCCAUUUCUCUAACGAACUAAGAAAUAUUCGGUUACCUACUCUGGUGAUCGACGUUGCCGCCCGCAAAGUCUCGCUCGAAUGGCGUCAGCUCAUCUAUGACUUCUAUCUGGACAGAUUCAAAAGCCGCUGGCAUGCCUGGUUCUCCGCGUCCCGUUUACGAUAA